CACGCGAUUCCCUACGCAUCCACAGUCGUCCACAAACGCCAACGCACUAUCGAGAAUCGCUGGCGUAGGUUGCUAUUGGAGUUCCCUCGGCGGUGAGGCGAGGCGAUGGGGCGGCGGGGGAAGGUGGAGCUGCGGCGGAUCGAGGACCGGACCAGCCGCCAGAUCCGCUUCUCCAAGCGACGUAGCGGCCUGUUCAAGAAGGCGUACGAGCUCGCGGUGCUCUGCGACGCUGAGGUCGCGCUCGUCGUGUUCUCCCCGGCCGGGAAGCUCUACGAAUUCUCCAGCAUAUCCAGGUGGGUUUGUAUUGUGGUGCACCACCCAAUUGACGAACGUUCAACUCAAUCAGCGCACAUACACAUGGAUAACGAUAUCAUCAUCAACAAUCUGGAGAGCACAAUGGAACGGAGCAAGAAAUAUGUGAAUUCAGAGAAAACAGUUGACAAACUUGAUGUUAACGCUCAGAGUCAUGAAGAAAUUGCUUGUCUAGGAGAUGAUCCCAAAUUGCUGGAGAUUGGUAAAAGAUUACAAGAGAGAAAAUUUUCAAAGCUAAACGCAGAUGAGCUUGAAGCACUGGAGAAAGACCUAAGCUAUGCAUUAAAUCGCACAAGUAAAAGAAAGGCGGCAGUUGGCGUGCGCAUACAGGGUAACGGUGUCCACGUCGACGCCGGCAAUAAAGGUGCCAGCAUCGGGAAUGAGAUCGUGGAGGUAAGGGAUCACGAAGGCGCAUGAAGGACCACCGUCGCUGGUGGUCAGCCGGACGUAGACACGUACAACGCCGUGGUUUGCUGACUGCUCCAUCACUGUUGAACCUCCACCGCUUUCACUAUCUUUACAAGUGUUCAAUCCGUACAAUGACUUCCAAUUAUUUAAUGGCAUUUUUCUUCUUCCACAUGGCACCUUCUAAAGGUUCUCACGUAGUCAUCCUCCCUUUCUUAAGAAACAUUAUAAUGAAUACUGUAUUAAUCAUUAUUAUAAAGAUUUGUAAUUGUCCAUAA